AUGAGAGUAGUGAAAGCUUCUAGCUCACAUAAAACUUCUAUCCGAGUGAAGAAGAGAAGGGGGGAUUGGUUGGUAGUGCAGUUGUUUAGAGGGUCUCGGUGGGAUUUUACAGCGGGAUUAAACAUGCUGCUUUUGUUCUGUUUGGGCUCCGUCCUGUGGCAGAUACACGGUGCAGCGCCGAGAAUAAUCCACAACUACUACGGGAAGUCCACAUUUGUUGAUGACAGUGGGCUCUUACCUCGCAGAGUUUUGCCUUUUCCAAGUCAGGUUAUAUACAAUCGAGUGGGGAAGUGUGGGAGUCGUACGAUAGUCCUGUUGCUUCGUAUUCUGGCAGAGAGACAUCACUUCACCCUCAUAUCAUCAGAUGUUCACAAGAAGAUCAGACUUACCAAGCGUGAACAGAUGGAUCUGAUAAACAACCUCAGCAGAUUUCCUCAGCCAUUUCUGUACACCCAGCAUGUGCAUUUUCUCAAUUUUACUAGAUUUGGAAUAGCAGAGCCUGUGUACAUCAACAUCAUUCGAGAUCCAGUGAAUCGUUUUUUGUCCAAUUACUUUUUUCGGCGCUUUGGUGACUGGAGAGGUGUAGAAAACGAUGUUAUUCGCAACCCUGAAAUGAAGAAUGAUGAGAGAUAUCUAGACAUUAAUACUUGCAUUUUGGAAAGCUACCCUGAGUGCACCAACCCCAGACUGUUCUAUAUCAUUCCUUAUUUUUGUGGCCAGUCUUAUCUCUGCAGGAAACCCAGUUUGUGGGCACUUCGGAAGGCUAAGGAGAAUGUUUUAAAGCAUUAUCUCUUAGUUGGAGUGCUGGAAGAGCUAGAGGAUGUGCUACGCCUGCUGGAAAGACUCCUGCCUCACUUCUUCUCUGAUGCCCCUAAAAUCUACAAAAGUCCAGAAUACAAGAAGCUGGGGAACAUGACAGUUACUGUACACAAGAACACACCCAGCCCAGAAGCUCUGCAGGUGCUGUACCGGCAUAUGGAGUACGAGUAUGACUUCUACCGCUUUGUUAAAGCACAGUUUCAUCUCACGAAGAGAAAGUUUGGUCUAAGAACAUAACCUUUCCCAUUACUCAACCUUGCCAGUCUGGAGCAGGGUAACCAAGAGAAUUAUCUAGCACAUUGAGUCAGUCCAGUCAGUUAGUACAGCCAUUAUAAAUUAAAUAACAAAAUAAGCUGAUCAACCCAU